CCGCCUCGGCGCCGCCCCCACCGGACAAGCUGGAGGGAGGUGGCGGCCCCGCACCGCCCCCUGCGCCGCCCAGCACCGGGAGGAAGCAGGGCAAGGCCGGUCUGCAAAUGAAGAGCCCAGAAAAGAAGCGAAGGAAGUCAAAUACUCAGGGCCCUGCGUACUCACAUCUGACGGAGUUUGCACCCCCUCCGACGCCCAUGGUGGAUCAUCUGGUUGCAUCCAACCCUUUUGAGGAUGACUUCGGAGCCCCUAAGGUGGGGGGCACAGCCCCUCCAUUCCUUGGCAGUCCUGUGCCCUUUGGAGGCUUUCGUGUACAAGGGGGAAUGGCGGGGCAGGUACCCCCAGGCUAUGGCACUGGGGGUGGAGGGGGUCCCCAACCACUUCGUCGACAGCCCCCACCUUUCCCUCCCAAUCCUAUGGGCCCUGCUUUCAACAUGCCCCCCCAGGGCCCUGGCUACCCACCCCCCGGCAACAUGAACUUUCCCAGCCAACCCUUCAACCAGCCUCUGGGGCCAAACUUCAGCCCUCCUGGUGGGCAGAUGAUGCCGGGCCCGGUGGGGGGAUUUGGCCCCAUGAUCUCACCCACCAUGGGACAGCCUCCCAGGGGAGAGCUGGGCCCCCCUUCUCUCCCCCAACGUUUUGCUCAGCCAGGGGCACCUUUUGGUCCCUCUCCUCUCCAGAGACCUGGUCAGGGGCUCCCUAGCCUGCCCCCCAACACAAGUCCUUUCCCUGGCCCAGACCCUGGCUUUCCUGGCCCUGGUGGUGAGGAUGGGGGAAAGCCCUUGAACCCACCUGCUCCCACCGCUUUCCCCCAAGAGCCCCACUCAGGUUCCCCAGCUGCUGCGGUUAAUGGGAAUCAGCCCAGUUUUCCACCGAACAGCAGUGGGCGGGGUGGGGGCACUCCGGAUGCCAACAGCCUGGCACCCCCGGGCAAAGCAGGUGGGGGCUCGGGGCCCCAGCCUCCCCCAGGCCUGGUGUACCCAUGUGGUGCCUGUCGGAGUGAGGUGAACGACGACCAGGAUGCCAUUCUGUGCGAGGCCUCCUGCCAGAAGUGGUUCCACCGCGAGUGCACAGGCAUGACUGAGAGCGCCUACGGGCUGCUGACCACAGAGGCCUCUGCAGUCUGGGCCUGCGAUCUCUGCCUCAAGACCAAGGAGAUCCAGUCCGUCUACAUCCGCGAGGGCAUGGGGCAGCUGGUGGCUGCCAACGACGGGUGACACUGGCAGGGUGGCCCAAGGAAGUGCGUACAUCCCUCCCUGCUCUUCCAGGGUGGUUGUCUCCGUGUCUGGCUCUUGGUCCUUGUUUCCACUGGCUUCCCAUCCCACGGGCAGAAAAGGAACCGAGGUGGGCAGGCAGAAGAGCCUGGAUUGCUCACCUUUUUGGAAACUUCGUGUUGAGGUCUACAGAGAUCCAGGAAACCAAAGCCCUGCUGAGCAGCGCCAUUUCUUUUUUCUUUUUUUCUUUCUUCUUUUUUUUGGGUGGCUAUCUCUGGAGGCCUAGGGGUGUGACUGCAAGAAGAGGAGCUGGAGGAAGAUCCAGAGGGCAGGGUGUCCCCUCUGCAGUUGGUAGAUGCCCCAAACACCUGUGCCUGACACCACCUACCACCGUCUGGCUUCACACCUCCAGCUUUGGCUUUGGAGUCAAGUGUGAAAGGUUUCUGGCCAGAGAUGUUGGCAUCUUCCCAUCUCUGCAGCAGCCCUGUGAUGGGCUCUGGGAGACAGCUUUAGGGAAUAAGUGGGGAUUUUCCCUCCUCUUCUCCUUUCUUUGCCUCCUCAAAGACCUACCCAACUCCUCCUCCCUCAGAGAACCAAAUAGCUUAAAGAAGCAGGAGUUCUGGCUAUGGCAGUUCCGUGGUGAUUUGGGGUUGCGAGACAAUAGGUGAGAGGCGCUGUCAGGACACCUUUCUCAUACCAAAGUCACUGGUCCUUUCUUAGCCUCUUUUCUCCCAACGACCAUCCUGUUGCCAAAAAGUGACAUAUGUGGACUGAGAGGUCUUUGAGCUUGGGCUGUCCUGGAAGUGGCCUCUGGUGGCACCGCCCCCGCCUUGUCCCUCCGGUCUGUCCUUGCCCUUUGGUGCCCUCGCUCCCCCGCCGCCUGGCUGGAUUGAAGGAAAGCUUGCAAAGGGGCGCAGAGUCCUCAUACCUCAUCUCCUCUCCUGACAGAAGGAUCCUGAGGCCGGCCCAGCCUGUGGCUAGGGGGAGGUGCAGGACCCUCCGUGCCAUGGUACUAAAGGUAGCAGAGCUGGGGUGCUUUUGCUUCUCUCUUUCCUUCCUGUUAUCUUGUACCAUCUCGGACCUCGUGGUCUAGCAGUUUUCUCAGCCAGAGUCCUUACUGGGCUUGCUUUGUUUUUAUUUUAUUUUUUUAAGCACUGCCAGAGGGGCCUGGGGCCCGAUCGGGAGCUCCUCAUGGCUGCCCUGGGUUCCUCUUUGCGUGUACACAUUCCUCAGUGAGGGCGGGGAAGGCAGGUGUGGGGUCUGGCCCUCCGAAGAAGUUAGUGGUCCCCAGCACAGGGUGUGGUAGCAAAGGCCUUCCUGUGUAGUCCCUUGUCCCCACCUCCUCACGUGGAGGGAAGGCUCCACCCCGUGGGCCCAGGAGCCUUGGGGGCUGUGAGAGAGAAGGGAUGGCCCUCACCGCUCAGCUCUGUGUUGUGUUUGUGGUUUUGUUGACCCUCUGUUGCUGUUUGUGUUGUCCCCCCAUGCUGGCGCUGCCGUUUUUUGUAACAUGGCUCCUCCUUGGGGAGUUCUUUUGAUCUGCCCCCUCGCCCUCUCUGCUCUUUGAAAGAAAGGGUAGAGAUGUGGUAGUGGGGGGUUUCUUUUGUACGGUUGGAUUAAUAAAACGACUUGAAAAUCCA